AUGCCAAAAGGAGGAAUUAUUAGUUUACUCACUGCGUUGGGCCUCACAGCUCAAUUUGUCAGUGGUCAACUCGAACCCGAAUGUAAUCCGCUUCACGCGACUUGCCAGCCGAAUAAGGCUUGGUCGAAAGACGAUUACCACAUCGAUUUCACGAAGCAAAGAGGCCCGCCGUCGGAAUGGACCAUUGGAAGCUCGGAAGCCGUCAAAUUCACAUCUAAUGGAGCCGAAUUUUCCUACGCGAGGAAAGGUGAUGCACCGAAUAUGUGGACUGACUUCUACAUGCUUGGUGGUCGCUACGAUAUCGAGAUGAAGGUUGCUUCGGGUAAAGGUGUGAUUAGCAGCGCGACUCUCUGGUCGGAUACGCAAGACGAAAUUGAUUACGACUUUUCCGGCAACCAGUUUGGUCAGACCCCUUUCCCACCCAAAGAUGGUAUGUGGGCUCUUGAGACCAAUGUCUUUGCACAGGGUAAGAUGUGGGAUGGCGCGGCAACUCAGCAGAAGGAGUCAUAUAAACCAUCAGAGCAAUUUCAUAAGUAUUCCGUGGAAUGGGAUGAAACCCAUAUCCACUGGUUUGUCGACGACAAGAUUAUUCGCCAGGUUCACGCCAAGGACACUCCCGCCGGUUUCACCUUUCCCCAGUCUCCAAUGAAGCUUAAUCUUGGUGUCUGGGGAGCUGGUGAGCCAGGCAAUGACGGUCGGACUAUCCAAUGGGCUGGCGGUGAGAUCAACAUGAGGCGCACUCCUUACACUCUGCUUGUAAAGAGUGUCAAUAUCACGAACAAGUACCCUGCCUGCCAAUACAAAUAUCAAGACAACGUAUGUAUAACCUACCUAAAAUUUAAGUGCCAUUCGUAUUCUUCGUAUUCUCUUGCCCAAUCUUCUGAAGCGUCUCCAGCUAGUCUGCCCGCUAGCAGCCAUGCGACUACCUCUUCUUCCGCUGACGAAUAUCCUACAUACCAAGCUAGCUCGCCUUCUGCGAAACCUUCGUCGUCUUCGGAAGGGUAUCCCACAAGCGAGGCGGAGUCUCCAUCCAGCAGCCAUUUGUCUGCUUCUUCCGGAUACCCUACGUCUAAUGCUGAGGCGUCGUCGGCUGCGUCUCCUGCUACAUAUCCAGCUGCUAGCGUAUCAUCUGAGAGCCAUCUCAGUACCUUUGUUGAAUCGGCUUCAUCGAUUGCCAGUGAUACCUCGUCCACCGCAUCCGGGUCGCUCGGCAACCGAAUCUGCGAAUGA